AUGGAGGUCGGCAUAAUUGGUUCUGGGAUCAUUGGGCUCUUAUCUGCUUUAACCCUCACAGAUGCAGGCUACAGGGUGACCAUUAUUGCGAGAGACUUGCCGGGUGAUGAGACGCAGGACUGGGCAAGCCCUUGGGCUGGUGUAUCAAUCUAUCCUCAUCCAGAUGUCGGCGGCCAUUCUCUCCAGACCGAGAAUUUCAAAUACUUCUGGGCUCUAGCUCAUAGAGAUCCGACCAGCGGUGUUCAGGUUGUCAAAGCAACUGAGUACUAUGACGAUCGUGAUGACGAUUCGUCUAUUUGGUACAAAACUAUGGUGCCGCGCUAUCGCCGCAUCGCCAGCCACAACCUUCCUGAAGGGGUCAAACUUGGUUUCACAUACACCUCAAUGACAAUCAAUCCUCAGUUUCUUUUGCCAUGGAUUCAAAAGCAGCUUAAAGACCGUGGUGUGAAGUUCAUUCGAAGGACGCUUAGUUCCAUCGAGGAAGCGAAGAGGAUCAUUGGAGCCAAAUUUAUGGUGCAUGCAUCGGGACUCGGUGCAUUCACUCUUGCGAACGACAAGAACGUUAUGGCUAUCCGGGGCCAGACCAUGUUUGUCACAACAGACUUCGAGGAGUUGAAGAUGCACCAAGGCUCACACUAUACCUAUGUUAUUCCUCGGAUGUUCACCCACGGUGCAAUUAUCGGUGGAGUAAGCCAGCCUGGAAGCUCAGACCGCAAUGUAGAUGAAAGUCUGCGUUCUGACAUUCUUCGACGUGUCGGAAAGCUUACAGAGGGAAAAAUUGGCGCGAUCGAUUUGGAAACUGAUGUCCAGAAGGACAUAGUGGCGUUUCGGCCUGGCCGAAAGGGUGGAUAUCGUCUAGAGACCGAUGGCCAUACAGUCCAUGCUUAUGGGUUUGCUGGGCUAGGAUACAUCUUCAGUUAUGGGGUAGCCCUGAAAGUCAGGGAGCUUGUGGACUUGGUUGCUUGUCCUGAUAAAGCUCGCAGCCGCCUUUAA